UUUUGGUUGUUUUUCUCUUCAAUAUUUUGAUUUCAAUUUUUGUUAAAGACCUAAAAUGUCUCGUCAUAAUAAUAAUUUACCGGAUAAUCUGCCUCAAUUGCAGAAUCUGAUAAAACGUGAUCCAGAUUCAUAUAAAGAAGAAUUUGAACAACAGUACAGACAUUUUCUAAACAAUCUUGAAAUAUUUCAACUCAAUCCAAGUGAUGAGAAUAAAGCUUUGUACGAGCUGGUUAUGUUCAUAGCUCAAGUUGCACAGUGUUAUCCAAAUGAAUGUAUGCAAUUUCCUCAACAUUUAGUAGAUCUACUUAAAAAUCAUUCAACAAAUUUAGAUCCAUCAAUGAGAAAUUGUUUUGUAAAGGGUCUAAUACUGUUAAGAAACAAAAAUUUAUUACCAGCGUUAGAUUUAUUAGAAUUGUUCUUUCAAUUACUUCGUUGUCCUGAUAAAAAGUUAAGAACAUUUUUAGAGACUCAUAUAAUUAAUGAUAUCAAAAAUAUGAAUGCAAAACAGAAAGAUAUGAAAUUGAAUUCGACAUUGCAGAACUUCAUGUUUUCGAUGCUAAAGGAUUCAAAUCCAAAAGCUGCCAAGAUGUCUGUGGAUAUUAUGAUUGAACUAUACAAAAAAAAUAUUUGGAAUGAUGCUAAGACUGUAAAUGUUAUAGCUAAUGUUGGAUGCUUUUCUAAAGUGACAAAGGUUUUGGUAGCUUCCUUGAAAUUUUUCCUGGGCCACGAAAUCGACGAAUCAGAUUCCGAAAGUGAUGCUGAUAUAGAUCUUAAAUCAGCCAUAAUGACAAAUCGUGUUAACAAAAAGACGAAAAAGAGAAAAAAGCAACUUGAUCAGGUUAAAAGAGCUGUCGUAAAGGCUUCUAAAAAAAAGAAGAAAGCACCAAGCUUUAACUUUUCAGCCAUUCACUUAAUUCAUAAUCCACAAGGUAUGGCUGAAGGUCUGCUUAAGCAAUUACAUUCAACGAAUGAACGGUUUGAAGUCAAGAUGAUGCAUUUAGAUGUUAUUUCCAGAUUAAUUGGGAUACAUGAAUUAUUUGUAUUUGCAUUUUACCCAUACAUUACAAGAUUUUUGCAACCGCAUCAAAGACUAGUAACCAGAAUAUUACAAUUUGCUGCACAAGCUUCUCAUGAACUUGUCCCAGGGGAAAUUAUUGAACCAAUUUUAAAAACAAUAGCAAAUAAUUUCAUUACAGAGAGAAAUUCAAGUGAUGUUAUGGCAGUAGGUUUAAAUUCUGUUCGUGAAAUUUGUACUCGAUGUCCGCUAGCAAUGAGUGAAGAUCUCUUAAGAGAUUUAGCUAUGUACAAGCAAUAUAAGGAGAAAUCUGUAAUGAUGGCAGCUAGAUCUUUAAUUGUAUUAUAUAGAGAACAAUUACCAGCACUAUUGCAUAAAAAAGAUAGAGGUCGACCAACAGAGGCACAAGCUGAAAGAAAAAUUAAAGAAUAUGGUGAAAUAAUUGCUCAUGAUACAGUACCAGGUGCCGAAGCUCUGUUAAAAGAAUCAAAAACUAUUGAUAUUAAAACAGAUGAAAGUGAAACGGAAAAGGAAGAUGGUAGUGAUGGUGAUGAUUGGGUUGAUGUAUCUCAAAGUGAAGGAGAUGGAUCAGAUAUAGAGGACGUCGAAGGCGAAGAUUCUGAUGAUGAAGGAUCCGAUGAAAAUGAUGAUAAUGUUAAAGAUAAUAAAGAAAAUGAGAAUGAACCAAAUGAAACAGAAAAAACAGAUAUAUCAAGCCAAGAAGAUGUAAAAGCAAAAAAUAUGAAAUUCUUAAAUACAAAGGAAGCCGCUCAGGAAAUAGCUUUGACAAAAAUUUUUACAGACGAAGAUUUCAAAAAAAUUGAUGCUGCUAAUAUAAAGAAAACGAUAACAAAUUCUCGAAAAAGACCCUUAGAAAGUGAUAAAACUGAUUUUGUUAAAUUAGAGAAUAUAGAAAUGAUAUAUAAAAAACGAAAGCAUGAUAAGGAAUCACGUUUGGAAACAGUUAAAGCUGGUCGAACCGAUCGAAAAGAAUUUGGUUACAAGGAUGGUCGUAAAAAUGAAAAUUGUUCAAAAACAAAUAGAGAGAAGCAAAAACGCAAAAAUUAUCUGAUGAUGAGACAUAAAGCAAGAGGUAAAGCUAAAAAAAGUUUUAAAGAGAAACAACAAAAAAUGAGGAAGCACUUAAUACAUAUGAAAAAAAUGAAAUAGACAUAAAAAGAAUUUUAUACAAAAUUAGCUUAUUCUUUUAUUAUGUAAAAAAAUUUAUUAAAAAUCAUUUUUUAAAACUUA